AUGGUGGAAUUAGGUGGCAAUGCGAGAUCGGUCUCGUACCUGCAGAAAAUACGUAACAAUGAUAAUUAUCAAAGAUGCAGAACUAGAAGGAGAUAUCCACCGAGGAUUCUUAUUGUUGUUGUUCUUGUACUUUGGUUACCGGCGUUAGAGAUACCGGGUGUUUUAGCCUGUGGACCUGGUAGGGGUGGUGGUAGGCGGCCAAUACUGCGCAAACUCACCCCAUUAGUUUUCAAACAGCAUGUGCCAAAUGUCAGUGAGAAUACACUGCCAGCUAGUGGAUUGCCGGAGGGACGGGUAUCGAGGGAUCAUACGAGAUUUCGAGAUCUUGUGCCCAAUUACAAUGCUGAUAUCAUUUUCAAGGAUGAGGAGGGCACUGGGGCUGACAGGCUCAUGACUCAGAGGUGUAAGGAAAAGCUCAAUACACUGGCGAUAUCCGUGAUGAAUCAGUGGCCUGGGGUCAAGCUGAGGGUGACUGAGGGGUGGGAUGAGGAGGGAAAACAUGCCACUGACUCGCUGCAUUAUGAGGGAAGAGCUGUGGAUGUUACGACCAGCGAUCGGGAUCGCUCCAAGUAUGGAAUGCUGGCUAGGCUCGCUGUUGAAGCUGGCUUCGACUGGGUCUACUAUGAGUCCAGGUCGCAUAUUCAUUGUUCCGUUAAAUCAGAAUCUUCAUCAGUAGGGAAAUCAGGAGGUUGUUUCCCCGGAAGGAGUUCAGUCCUAACGCCGAUAGGGCCGAAGCCCCUCUCCUCCCUGAAAGUCGGUGAGGAGAUAGCCUCCUUGGACUCCAACGGAGAGAUAGUCUUCUCCGAGAUGAUAGCCUUCCUGGACUACGCCCCAUCAUCGAAACGACAGUUCAUCCGUCUAACAACGUCCUCGGGAAAACAGCUGACCUUGACGCCAUCCCACUUGGUCCCGGUGGAGCCCAAGGACCUGAAGACCCCUAGCAGCACUUUCUACGCAGCCAACGUCCAGGUCGGAGACAGAAUCUUAGUCAGGGACGACGACAAAACGCUCCCCGGUGGCUCCAGAGUCAGGUGGGACGACGUAGUCGAGGCUAAACUCGUCCUGGAGGAGGGCCUCUACGCCCCCCUUACCAGGGAGGGCACAGUAGUUGUCGAUGAUGUCGUCGCCUCGUGCUAUGCAAUCGUCAACAGUCAAACAGUCGCUCAAGUCGGAUUCUUCCCGUUGAGGGUACUCUCGACCGUCAGCAGUGGACUACAAAGUGUUAAAGACUUCUUCUGGUACUCCCGUGAGAUCCAGGACAAUGACACCAAUGAGAUCAAAGGCUCAAAGUCGGUGGACUCGAGGUGGAAUAGGCCAGAGGGCAUCCACUGGUAUGCCAACUUCCUCUACUCGAUUUCCACGUACGUUCUACCCCCCUCCAUGCUGUACUGAAUAUUUUUUAUUGUGGAGAUGGGCAUCCACGUGGAGAACAUACCGGUGUUUUUUUUUAAUUAAUGAACGCGAGGAGCUUUUUCAUUGAGCAGAAAUUGGUGGAGGUUAUUCUUUCAUUGAGUGGUGAAGUUGGCUUGGAGGUUUUUAGGAAAUUAUGGAAAACAAUGCUCAAACAUAACAAUAGGGUUUUUGAAAAUUUCUCUGGAAGUUUGAAUUUAGUUCGUAUGAAACGUUUUUUAACGCUUAGACAAUGUUUUUUAAACCUUUUUCCAACUCCGAUAGUCCCAGAACUAUUCAAGAAAUAGUCUGUAUCCAAUUCCUUUUUAUAUUUUAUUCCUAAACCCAUAGACUUUUUCAAAUAUUUUAAAAACUAUAAA